AUGUGCGGAUUUACGGAGGAUGAAAACAUAGUUCGACUGCAGAAAAGCCUAAAAGGAAGAGCUUACGAUGCUGUCAAGAGUCGCUUGAUGCAUUCCGGAAACGUUCCUGGCAUUCUGUCCACUUUGAAGAUGCUGUUUGGUCAACCAGAGGUGAUCAUACAAUCGCUAAUUAGGAAGGUGAGCUCUUUAUCGUCGAUUCGAGAAGACAAGCUGGAAACGCUAGUGGACUUUGCGGUGAAUGUCCAAAACUUCUGUGCCACUGUAGACGCGUGUGGACUGCAGGAGUAUAUGUACAAUGUCACUCUACUACACCAGCUAGUCGGCAAGCUAACGCCAUCGCUCAAACUCAACUGGGCACAGCAUCGUCGAACACUGUCACUGGUGAAUCAGCGAGUGUCGUCGUAUUUCCACCGGCGAUACAUGACGGGAAGCCAACUCAAAACGAAGCGCGGGGGACUAAGAAAAGAAAUGCGUACCUCAACGCCCAUUCUGAAACGUUUCGUCCUUAAGACUACAGUAGCGAUUCGGAAGAACAGACUACAGUUGCAUCAACUUCGGCGAAGGAAUCCUGCCAAAUCUGCAAGGGAACUUGCAAGUCGGCCGAUAAGUGCAAACGUUUUCUGGAACUGUCUGCGCAUCCAUAAAGGAUACUGCAAAGCAAAACCAUGUGGUAAAGAUGGAUGCACCUACCGGCACCACGAGCUGUUGCACAACAAUUCGAAGGAAAAUCCGAAAAACACCGGAAGUACCACUGAAGGUGAGCAAUCUUCGCAAUCCAGCACUAGCAAGUCCGGAUGCAACACCCACCAGACAACCGUCAGCUCAUGUCUCCGAUGGACUGGAGGAACCGAACGACACGAGGCGGAUUCUCACAUCUAUAAUCUUCACAUUGCUGGUGGCAAGAACGAAAGCAAGAAAUUCCUCUUGAGCGAUGUUAGGACGGUUAAAGCGCUACUGUUGCCGCAGCAAACGAUGGACAUGGCUAAGUUGUCACAACUGUACCCACACCUUCGAGAUCUGCCGAUCGAUUCUCAUCGCGACGCUCGUCCACGCAUUCUAAUAGGGAUGAAGCACGCCCUGCUCAGUCUUGGCCUGAAAAAUCGAGAAGGGGAAAUCGGUCAACCAAUUGCUGUGAAGACACGGCUCGGAUGGACCGUGUGUGGAGGAUGGACUUUCCAGAACGAAGCGAGCCUACACCAUUACACCUUCCACGUUUGCCCCUGUAGUGUGAAGUCAGAUGAGGAUUUACACCAAGCUAUGAAGGACUACUUCUCAAUAGACAGUCUCGGGUUGGUUAAAUCGGAGAAGGCGCUUUUGUCCGUUGAAGAUGAACGUGCAGUAUCACUGUUUCAGUCGCUUACCCGUCGUAAAGAUGAUCGAUACGAGUCCGGGCUGCUCUGGCGGUUCGAUGACGCCCGCUUGCCUGACAGUCGAUCAAUGGCGCUGCGGCGAUUCCAGUGCCUGAAGAAACGGAUGGAGAAGGACCCACAACUGUCUAAUACCCUGCAAGCGAAAAUUGCCGAGUAUGUGGAGAAGCAGUACAUCCGGAAGCUCACCGACGAAAAAAUCAACCAGAAGGUUCCGCGACGCUGGUAUUUGCCAAUCUUUCCCGUAACCAACCCAAAUAAACCUGGGAAGGUGCGAAUUGUGUGGGACGCAGCGGCCAUCGCCUAUGGAACGUCCCUGAGCUCAGCGCUGCUAAAAGGACCGGAUCUGUUGUGCUCUCUCCUCGCGAUUCUACUCCAGUUUCGGGAACGCCGUAUCGGACUGACCGGUGAUAUCCGUGAAAUGUUUCAUCAGGUACUGAUCCGAGCCGAAGACCAGUUAUGUCAGUGUUUCUUCUGGAUAGACGAGCAUGGAGCUAUAGUGGUGUACGUGAUGCAAGUGAUGACAUUCGGGGCUUGCUGCUCCCCCAGCACUUAA